AACAGAUAUCCAUGACACCUCGUUGACUCUCAUUACGUAAUUAAAUUUAUAUCGAAUUUCUCCUCAAUAAGAAGUCCAUUUUAUUUUAUCAUUGUUUUUAUGAAGCACGUUGGCGGAUUUCUUCUUUCCUAAUGCUACCUGAUGGAACCCCGUUCGGGUUUUAUAAUGCACCUAUUUGUAAAGCACUGCUUUUCAUCACUGGUACUGCAUCCACAUGGAGAAUAUUGUUUUCAUCAGUAAAGCUGCAGUCUUUAUUGCCCGAAUCCAAUGUUCUCAAUCAUUUUCUUCAUUCACAAAUUUUUACCAACAUUGUACGAUUUUUAUGCUACUCAAGUGCAAAGAAUCUCUUCUUUGGGACAAUUUUAUUGUAUAAAUUUAGAAUGUUUGAACGUCGUUAUGGUUCCACAAAGUUUGCCGAUUUUAUCUUACGCUCAACUGCAAUUGGAGCAGUUUUUCAAUAUGGCGUUCUUUUGUACACAGAACGUUUUGUCAUAGAUGAUUUUCCUACUGGACCCUUCUGGAUGGUUUUCAGUCUCUACGUCCCAUUCUGUUUGUCCGUUCCGUUCGUCAGUUUCUCGAAUUUUUUUGGAAUUUUCCCAAUAUCCGGAAAACUGUUCACGUACAUUCUUGGCAUGCAGAUGUUAUCAACAAGCAAGGCCGCAAUGCUUUCUGGAUUGACAGGAAUAAUCGCUGGGGCAAUCAGUUAUUUUAAUAUAUUGUACGUUGAAAGUUGGCUAAAGUUCCCAUCGUUUUUGUCCAACGUGUUUUCGAAAUUGUUUGACUAUCCACCUACAUCGAGAACCGUCGACACACUGGAAAGGCCACAAGGAGCGACACUGGAAAUCCAGCGUCAGAUUAGGAUGGACGAAAUCGAUCAACGGAUGUUAAAUUUACAACAAGCGAAUUUGGAGAUGCCAAGCUCGUUUUCUGAACUCAUGAACGCCAACAGAGACCCACAACAAUAUCAACAGCCUGCCACUGAAGUUUCGGAGGAACAGAUACAGCGAUUGAUUGAAAUGGGUUUCACAAGAGACGCUGUUUUUCAGGCCUUGACACUAUCGAACAACAACAUAGCAAUGGCUAUGAAUAUUUUAUUGUCUCAAUAAAUGUUUAGCAACCAUGGUUAAAAUUCACUAUAGCGGAGGAAAGAUGUUGAUUCACUCCUACCACUUUCUCUGGAAGAAGUGGGACUUCGAAAUGCCACGAGAAGAUAUUUUCAUGACCGCGUUGCUUCGACUCUCACCAUCAUUUUUUACACAGGAGACGGUUUCACGAAGUACAUAUAGUGAUGACAACAAUAUUGUGCGUUUUACAAAUUAACUUAUCACAGAUGGUUGUAUAUUUAUCACGAAAUACCGAGUUGAGUUAACGUUUUAUCAUAUAAAUUGACUACUUUAAGUUCUAGCUUUUCGCCUUUAGAGAGAUUUUAGAAACUAUUGGAAAGUCAGUGUUUAGUGGAUUGAGCUACAUAGGCCCAGUGAAUUCGGCCCCCGAACUGUGGAAGUAAAUCUUUAAUCUUAGACCUCUAUCGGUUUGACGAAUCAUUGAUGUAUAUGUAUCUUAUAUAAUAGAUCAAGCACUUGUACAUAUGAUCCAAAAAAUUCUAAAAAUUUACAGUAAUUUUAGUGAAUUGUAA